AUGUAUAGCCAUUACCACACGUUUCAAGGAAGGAAACUAACGGAUCAAGAAAGAGCUCGUGUAUUAGAGUUCCAGGAUUCUAUUCAUUACUCACCACGUUAUUCUGAUGAUACACACGAAUACAGGCAUGUGAUGCUUCCCAAGGCAAUGUUAAAGGUGAUUCCGUCUGACUAUUUUAACUCAGAAGUUGGAACUUUACGUAUCCUGACAGAAGACGAAUGGAGAGGGUUAGGGAUAACACAAUCGUUAGGUUGGGAACACUAUGAAUGUCAUGCACCAGAACCUCAUAUUCUUCUUUUUAAAAGACCUUUGAACUAUGAAGUUGAGCUAAGGGCAGCAGCGGCGGCAGCAUCGGCUCAACAACAACAACAACAACAACAACAGCAGCAACAACAACAGCUACAAGGAGCUCCAACCAAGGAAUAA